GGCCGGGCCGGGCCGGGCCGGGCGGGCCGGCGGCGCCUCCCCCCGGUUCGGGGGGUCCCCGGGCUCGGCCCCCGAACGCCCCUCUCUUCCGUUCUCCAUGUCAUUUCCUGUGCUAAUAAGAUGGUGGUCACGGCCGGGAGGGAGGGAGCCGCCGCCGCCGCCUCCGCUGAGCCCGGCCCGGCCCCGGGACCCGUCCUCGCCUGGGACUAGCCAGCGGGGCCGGCGGGGAGGGAGGGCGCAGCCAGCCGGGCUCUCCCCCGCCCCCCCUCCCCUCCCCCGGCGGAGUGGGCCCCCCGACGCCGAGGCGGGCCCCCCGCGCCCGCAGCGCCGAGAACAUGAGUGAAAACUUGAAGGACUGUUUGAUCCAGACCCAGGCUUCCUUAGGGGAGAUGGUGAUGAUAAAAACAGAGGCCUGCUCUCCGCGCCGGGACCAGGACUAUGGACAGCCUUGCUCUGGAAGGCCUGACCUGCAGUCCAUGGAGGUGGAGCCCAAGAAACUGAAAGGGAGACGGGAUUUGAUCAUGACCAAGAGCUUCCAGCAAGUGGACUUCUGGUUCUGUGAGUCCUGCCAGGAGUACUUUGUGGAUGAAUGCCCGAACCACGGCCCGCCGGUGUUUGUGUCUGACACCCCAGUGCCCGUCGGCAUCCCUGACCGGGCAGCGCUGACCAUCCCGCCUGGAAUGGAGGUGGUGAAGGAACCCAGCGGGGAGAACGACGUGCGCUGUAUGAACGAGGUGAUCCCCAAAGGUCACAUCUUCGGGCCGUACGAGGGGCAGAUCUCCAGCCAGGACAAGUCCGCAGGAUUCUUCUCGUGGCUGAUCGUUGAUAAGAACAACCGCUACAAAUCCAUCGAUGGGACAGAUGAAACCAAAGCAAACUGGAUGAGGUACGUGAUCAUCUCCCGGGAGGAGAGGGAGCAGAACCUGAUGGCUUUCCAGCACAGCGAGAGGAUUUACUUCCGUGCCUGCCGUGACAUCCGGCCUGGGGAGAAGCUGCGGGUGUGGUACAGCGAGGAUUACAUGAAGCGGCUGCACAGUAUGUCGCAGGAGACCAUCCACAGAAACCUCACCAGCGGAGACAGAAAGCUGCAGAGGGAAAAGUCAGAAAAGAAUGUGGAAAAUCAAGAGGACAUGAGGGGGCCGCUCCAGCUCGUCACCUUCAAGCAAGGGAAGAGCCCCUACAAACGCAGCUGUGACGAGGGGGAAUCCCACCCCCAAACAAAGAAAAAAAAGAUUGACCUCAUCUUCAAAGAUGUCCUGGAGGCUUCCUUGGAGUCAGCCAGAUUCGGAGAGAACCAGUUAGCAACGAGUACGCCGCUUUCCAUCAGAAGGACGUCUAAAUACCAGGCGCAAGACAUCUUUGAGAGGUGUGGCAGCGCCAUGCAGCACGGCUCCCUGAACCUCAGCAGGCACCGGGGCGAGGGGGAAUGGAAGGUCCCCCACGGUUCCUCUUUCAGCUCAGUCAAAGAGAUGGGCAUCCUCGAAGAUGAGGAAGAGGAGCCUCUGUCACUCACAGCAGACAGCCCGACCGAGCUGUCGCUGGCCUCUGCGCAAGGCAACUCCCACGAAAUGCCCACCACCUCGUUCUGCCCCAACUGCAUCCGCCUGAAGAGGAAGAUCCGGGAGCUGCAGGCCGAGUUGGACAUGCUGAGAUCCGGGAAGUUACCCAUGCGACCCGUCCUCUCGUCCCAGGUACCUGAGCUCCAAGAGUACUCGGACCCCACAGCUUCAGAAAGCAUCAUCUCUGUUCCCACCAUCAUGGAGGACGAUGACCAAGAGGUGGAUUCUGCCGACGAAUCGGUUUCCAAUGACAUGAUUGCUGCUACAGACGAGCCUUCCAAGAUGUCUUCUGCUACGGGCCGGAGGAUACGUCGGUUCAAGCAAGAGUGGCUUAAAAAGUUUUGGUUUCUGCGGUACUCCCCGACCUUGAAUGAAAUGUGGUGCCACGUGUGUAGGCAGUACACGGUGCAAUCCUCUCGGACUUCAGCCUUCAUCAUUGGCUCAAAACAGUUCAAGAUACACACGAUAAAGCUUCACAGCCAGAGCAACCUCCACAAGAAGUGCCUGCAGCUUUACAAGCUCAGGAUGCACCCAGAGAAGACGGAAGAGAUGUGCCGAAAUAUGACCCUGCUCUUCAAUACAGCCUACCACUUGGCCCUGGAGGGCAGGCCCUACUACGACUUUCGGCCUCUGGCAGAACUACUGAGAAAGUGUGAGCUCAAGGUGGUGGAUCAAUACAUGAACGAGGGAGACUGCCAAAUCUUAAUCCACCAUAUCGCCCGGGCCCUUCGAGAGGACCUGGUGGAGCGCAUCCGACAGUCUCCCUUCCUCAGCAUCAUCCUGGACGGGCAGAGCGACGACGUGCUCGCAGACACGGUCGCGGUUUAUGUGCAGUACACGAGCAGCGACGGGCCGCCGGCCACGGAGUUCCUGUCUCUCCAGGAGCUGGGCUUUUCUACAACUGACAGUUACCUCCAAGCGUUAGACAGGGCUUUUUCCAGCCUGGGAAUACGGUUGCAAGACGAGAAGCCAACUAUUGGCUUGGGAGUCGAUGGUGCUAACGUUACAGCCAGCCUGAGAGCCAACUUGUUCAUGACAAUCAGAAAGACCUUGCCCUGGCUUCUCUGCCUGCCCUUUAUGGUGCACAGGCCGCAUUUGGAAAUUUUGGAUGCAAUCAGUGGGAAGGAACUGCCGUGCCUGGAGGAGCUAGAAAACAACUUGAAGCAACUGCUCAGUUUCUAUCGUUACUCUCCCCGGCUGAUGUGCGAGCUGAGGGUCACUGCCGCCACUCUGUGCGAGGAGACCGAGUUCCUAGGGGACAUUCGGGCAGUGAAGUGGAUCAUUGGGGAGCAGAACGUGCUCAACGCUCUAAUCAAAGAUUACCUGGAGGUCGUGGCCCAUCUCAAGGACGUCAGCGGCCAGACCCAAAGGGCGGACGCUUCUGCCAUCGCCUUGGCUCUCCUGCAGUUCCUGAUGGACUACCAGUCCAUUAAACUCAUCUACUUCCUGCUGGAUGUGAUCGCGGUGCUCUCCCGCCUCGCCUACGUCUUCCAAGGGGAGUACCUUCUUGUGUCGCAGGUGGAUGACAAGAUAGAGGAGGCCAUCCAGGAGAUCAGCCGGCUGGCAGACUCACCCGGGGAGUACCUGCAGGAGUUUGAGGAGAACUUCCGUGAAAGCUUUAAUGGCAUUGCUGUGAAAAACCUACGGGUGGCUGAAGCCAAAUUCCAGUCCAUCAGAGAAAAGAUCUGCCAGAAGACCCAGGUGAUCCUAGCCCAAAGGUUCGAUUCCCGUAGCCGGACAUUUGUGAAGGCCUGUCAGGUGUUUGACCUUGCAGCUUGGCCCAGGAGCACCGAUGAGCUGAUGAGCUACGGGAAGGAGGAUAUGGUACAGAUAUUUGAACACCUGGAGACAGUCCCGUCGUUUUCCAGAGAGGUUUGCAGGGAGGGGAUGGACACCCGGGGGAGCCUGCUGAUGGAGUGGCGAGAACUCAAGGUGGAUUAUUAUACCAAAAACGGUUUUAAAGACUUGCUCAGUCAUAUUUGUAAAUACAAACAGAGAUUCCCCCUCUUAAAUAAAAUAGUUCAGAUCCUCAAAGUCCUCCCCACCUCCUCGGCCUGCUGUGAGAAGGGGCGGAACGCCCUGCAGAGAGUGCGCAAAAACAACCGCUCUCGGCUCACGCUGGAGCAGCUCAGCGACCUUUUGACCAUCGCCGUUAACGGGCCGCCCAUCGCCAGCUUCGACUGUAAAAGGGCACUAGAUAGCUGGUUCGAGGAGAAGUCGGGCAAUAGUUACGCGCUGUCGGCUGAGAUGCUGAGCAGGAUGUCGUCUCUCGAUCAGAAGCCCGUGUUGCAGAGCAUGGACCACGGCUCUGAGUUUUACCCCGACCUUUAGGAAGGAAUGCCUCAGAUCACAAAAGCUGUUGAAUAGGUGGUGUUGGUUUUUUUUAAUCUAUACUCUAAACUUUGAUAUAUUAUAUAAAAUAUAUAUAUAUAUUAUUAUAUAUAUUAAGGAAAAACCCACACUGAAAAAAUUUUAAAGUUGAGACGAUGUGCGUCUGAGAGAAGCUAAGCAGAGUUUUAAAAGAUUGAGACAAUGUUUAGACAUUCACCGGUGUCUCCAACCGUGGCAGCUGCAGUGUAGGUGGCAACAUUUCAUUCUUUAGAAGCAUGUGCUGGGGCCAUACUCUACAUGUUCAACCCUAACGAUCCAUAAGCUAGACGACGGGUCUUUUUCAGCCUCCUCCUCCCGGCGGUUUCCUUUGUACGUUUCUUGUCGGUUUGUUGGGUUGUGUUUCUGUGUUGUUCCGUUUGAGGGUUGGCUGCUUGGUGGUGUUUCUUCCUCCUCGGUUUUAAUCUCUGCCUCUCUUUUCCGUUGUUCAGUCCAGUUUUUUGAGCCAUUUGAGCCUUUUGUUGACGACCGUCAGGUUUCAGAGCAUCCCGUGCGUUUGUGUUGCCCCCAGCUCUCCACCUCCACCUCCACCCAGUUCUCUUCACUCGAGUGGGAGCUUGCUUCACUCGCAGAGAUGACUGGCAGGAGGGAAAGGCUGGGGACUUGUUCUGGGGUUUUUCUUCUGAUUUAGCAACAAAUGCCUCCACUAAACUGUGAUGCCCCUUCCUCAGUUCUCCCUACUUUUGGGCUGUAGAGUAAUACUCGGCUUUCAGCUCCUUUUAUGAUAACCGUAGUUACCAGUCCAUGAUAACGUAUGUUAUAACAUGAUGUCAUGUGCAGACUAUAAAAUAGCAAAAUAGAGAAGGCAGGGGGAAAUUUUUGCAUUUAUAUUUUUAUAUUGUAGGAGAUAAAUAUAUAUAUAUAUACAACUAUUCAUUUAAACCCAGGGCUGCUGUGGAAGCUAGACAGCCAAUGAGUCAAGAGCCAUCUCUGGGUGGAGAUUCAAAGGCUUAAAAAAAUUAUAUUCUAAUUUACAUUUAUUUAUACUAUGUCUUUAUAAUCCUAGAUUGUUGUGGGGUUUUUGUUUUGUUUUGUUUCGUUUGGAAAGACUGAAAGAAAAAAAAACCUGCUGCAGUCCAGCGGCAGGAGCUAUCAAUGCAAGAUUAUCUUGGAUUAUAUUCAUGUGAUGGUGUUGUACAAAGGUUCAUGUAUUCUCUUGUGACCAAGGUAACAAGUUCCACAGCACAGCAGACUGAUGACAGCAGGAAGAAGGGAUGCUCUGCUUCUUCCUGCAAAACAUUUCUUCCUUCCUUUAAGGGAUGCCGAGUCCAGCGAAAUGUGAAUGGGGGACUUGCACCUUCCAUCACAGAGAGAUUGUUCUGUGGGCUUGACGGAUCUUCUUUGGGUUCUUAUUUUAAAGGAAAGGAGCUCCAGGCAUUCACACAAUCUCACUUCAGGUUAGAAAAGGAAAAAAAAACCAGGAAAAAACACAAAAAAAAAAGGAAAAAAAAAAAAGGAAACAAAAAACCCACACAAACAAACAAAAGAGGUGCAAAAACUCCACAGUUGCUAGUGCCUUGCCCCGCUGAUGUGGCAUGGACAGCACCAACCUGACCAGACCAUCGCGGGAGUGAGAACCUGUUGCCCAGAAGGGUGUCUGAGCCAACAUGUUCUCACUCCCCAGAGGGACGAGCUUUGUGCCAAGCUGUGUUGUUUGGAAACAUGAUGGUGGUAUCAGCAACACUGAACCUUUCCUUUCUCCUGUUACCCCCCUGCCCUUGGUCUUGGUGCUAAGAUAUCUCUAGAACCGUUGCUGCUAGUUGAUAGCUUUUCAUUUAUAUAAAUAUAUAUAUAUAUAUUAUAUAUUAUUUUAUUUUUUAAACAUUUUUGUUUGUUUUCAAUGGAGAUGUAGCAUGUUUGGAACCGAUCUCUCUCAGAGUCACUUUCACUGCCAGGGUUCACACACUGUCUUCCCCGGGAAAACACGCACUCGUACCCAGGUCUGAGUCGGCCUCCUCAGCAGAGCUACGCCGUGGGGGCUGGGCAGAGGCGAGCAGCCCAGCCCCAGCCCACCGCCUCAGCCUUCACACCCCACCGGAACAGCGAGAUGGGUGUUGCUCAGAGCUUCGGAUGCAUUUCCCCUCUGUCCCUGUGAGGCCGAGGAGGGACCGAGCCCAGCGGUGGCCGGUCCUUGCGCCCAACUCUUUGCGCGCUGUGCUGGGCAACGAGGCUCUUUGGGCAGAUGCUCCAAGGGGAGCAGAACAGAGCCCUCCAGCAGAGCGGGGCCGUCAGUGUGCCCUCCGUAGCACUUACUCCCUGUCCCCUCCGCCUUACCUCAGAGCCGGCCGGGCGCUUCUCCCCGCGCUCCUCGCUGGGUCAGGGCGCCGGGGCGUCGGUGUGCAACACCUAAACAAACGGCUUGCUUUGCAUUUUCCCCCGUCUUCCCCAAUAACUGGUGUGAUUGAAUUGACCGAUUCUCCUAGAGGAGUGACAAUUAAACUGGAAGCCCUCCGCCAGCUGUGCAGACUUGGGCGGUUGUUGCCCAGCCGUGGAACAGGGAUCUCUCCGCACGAGGGGCCUGGCGAGGUGGCUCUGCUCAGGGUGCUGCCGCCGGGCACACACAGCUGCUUGCUGCUGCAGACACGGUUUGAGGAGAGGUGGGAAGAGAAACAAAGAAUUUAAAAGACAGAAGGAUUGCUGCUCCGUUAGACAUGGAGACAGGCAAAGUGAAUGUAGAUGUUGGAGGCAAGAAAGAGAGUUGAGGCUCUAGAGGGAAAUGGGCAGGUUGGGGAGAGUCUUCCUUGUCUAGCGUGUGCACGUGGCAGCAGAAGCAAAAGUAACCAAGAUACUUGGUGCGACGUGCUGUGGCUGUCAGAGAGGCUGUAGAGACAGUUUCCCUCCCCUUUUUUUUCCUCUCAUUCCUUUCCUCAACACCAUUGCUCUCUGUGGGGGGAAAAAAUAUGUUACCUGCCUUUCUGUGUGCAGCAGUGACAGCUCCUCAGCACGUGGCUGUGUCACAGAGGCCCAUCAAAGUGCCUGGCUAUAUGUGGAGGGAAGGGACACUGUGCUGAGCCACCCGAGAGGCCUGUUUACAACUCCUGCUCUGAGCCUCUUUACUUUUGCCACUGGUGAGAAAAUGGUGCCUUGCCUUAUGGUUGAGGUAAGAGCUACCAGAGGCUUGUUUGGAAAUGAGUCCUCUAAUUCGUCUCUCCUUUCCUUUGGUUCGUUUGCAAAUCCCUGUCUCACCGGUGACAUCCUUUGCUGGCUGCUCUGAGGGCAGUGAGACGUGCAGCGAGAGAUGGCUUUUCCUGCAAGCAGGCAUCUGUCAGAGGGAAAGAGCUCGUUGAUUUUCUAGUGACUGUGCGUGCAGUGUGCGCGGUGUCGGAGGGCAGCGUGAUUCCCUGCCGUGGGGCCUCGCGAUGGCGAUGGUCAGACACCCUUUGAUUUGGUGAUGGGGGAAGAUGGGGGCUCGUUCAGCAGCUGGCCCGGCCCAGCUCCACACCCCUAACACAAACAGCUCCCCGUCGCCCCCAUGGCAGAACAGAAACCCAGCCUUUGUCCUAGACAACAAACACAGGUGCUUUGCAAGCUUUCCCUCUAGCUUCAGCCACCUAUCUCCGAUCUGUAGCUGUUACUCCCAGGGAUAAUCUGCGGAUGGAAACGUGACUGCCGGCAUGAGCAAACCGGAGAAGAGGGAGGAAUGCCAAUGCAAAAUGCCCCUGGCUCCCCUGUGCCCCAGCCUUUCCUGGGAGCAGGGGCCUUCCUGAGCACUGUUUGCAGAGCCCAGGGCCCAGCCCGGGGACAGCGAGGGCGGCAGGUGUGGGGAGGGCUCUGUGCGGCAGAGGGAGGCUGCCUGGGCUCAGAGGUCACAGGCAGAGGGUUCAAUCGAUGCCUUUCCUGCUGUGCUGAGCGAGUGAGCGAGAGGAGGCUGUUUCGAACGUGUUGCUUGCAGCAUCUUGAACCGCUUCGGCUGCAAAGAGAGAAGGGUUUGGUUUUUCUCAAAUGAGUUCUUUAUUCCCUGCCGUGUCUUAGCUGUGGCAUCUGACUGUGAAUCGUGCACACUUCUCCAGACCCUGGGGUUUGAAUGUGUAGCCCGUGGGCUGUUUGGUUGCCAAUUUCCCCUCCCCACUCUUCGCUCAGGCUCCUUGCCUCUUUUACCCUGCUGUGAAGCAGUAAUCCGUGAAGCACAUGUAGACAUGUCCUCCUGCAGGGCUCGCCGGUGGCCGCAGGGGUCCAGGCCCUCUGGCCACGAGACCGAACUCAGCAGGGAUAAUCCUCACAAGAGACCAAAGCUCUUCCCAUGCCAGCAAAAGCAAGGGGACGUGGCGAGCAGGACCCUGGUGUGUCAUCCACUGUGGGUCUCGGCUGCCCAUGGCGACGUCCCCCGUGCUGGUAUCACUCCUCAGACAUGAUUCAGGCUCGGUCCAUCUCUUUCUCACAGCACAAACUCAACCAGGUGGCCCGUGGGGUCUUGGGGCUCCUCUUUUCUUUCUUAUCUCGUGAGGAUUGCUGUUUGACCAGCGGAUAAGACAGCCGGCUUGCUGAUAAGCAGCAGCAGCCUCUGCUCUUGCAGAUUCCCCUCUCAGCCCUGUCAAAAAAAAGUCUUAAAAGCAGAGAAAUGGUACGUUGCUCCCCUAGCCAUUGUAUUCAAUGCAGUAAUGCCUAUGCAAUUCCUGUCUCCCUUGGAGACACGUAUGAUGUGUGUGCAUGUAAGCUAGUGUAUGUAUACAGUACAUAUGCAUAUGGUCUAUAUAUUGUAUAUACGCACAUCCUAGUACAUAUACACACAGUACAAAAGAUUAAAAUCACGUGCUUAUAUAUCUAUAAAUAAAAUCCUAUAUAUUUAUAUAUUUCUAUGGUUUUCGAUAGAUAUAAAGAUAUAAUAGAGAUAGACUCAAACCACCCUUGUGUAAGGCUGGCCCUGUGUUCUGGCACGAGGCACGUAACACUGAAGACUUUGGACUUUAGGAUAGUUUUAGCCAUACACCAAGGCCUACAUUUAUAUGUGUAGCACUCUAUGGAGAGGGGCUUUGCUGUGCUUAGGGCAAGGGGUUUCCUUGCUGGCACGUUAAUCAAGUGCUACGCUAAGUCUGUGUGACAGGAGAAUGUCUUGGAGGGGUGAGACGCUCGAGUGUCCUCGUGUCUGCUCCUGAGGUCCCGUCUGCUCACGCUGGGACAGAGACAUAUCCCACCCUCACGUGCACUUUCUUCUCUCUGCGCGGAUGUGGCUGAGGGUAUCAGUGCUGUGAAAACGUGGCUUUGCUGUUCUGCCUGGCCUUUCCCAGCCCUCACCCUCACGCGGCCAGAGAGCCCCAGCAGGCCUGGUGAGAGGCUGGGCCGGCCCUCACCCUCACGCGGCCAGGGAGCCCCAGCGGGCCUGGCCAGAGGCUGGGAUGAAGGCAGCAGGAGGGCAGGGGCGUUCUGAGCGGUGGGGGCAGCGGCAGGAGCUGCAGCAGUGGGAGUGAGACGGGAGCUGAGCCCGGAGUGCUGCAGGGAGGAGCACGUGGGCCCAGCCGGGAAGCCAUGUACUGCUCAGCCUCCUCAGGUCUCGCAGGCGGGGAACAGCUCGCCUGGCCCCAGGGGUUACUGGAGGAAAGGGAAUGAUACCAUGGCACGAUGGCCAUGGUUGUUGGUGCGUGCGUGCCUUUGGGCCCCAACAUGUGGCGUGCUGGCCUUGCCAGCACUAAAGCACCGAAGGGUACAAAACCCUCUUGCCCUGCCUUGUGCAAAGAGACACCUGUUCUCACAACAGGCACUGGGGGUGGAUCCAGGCGAUGGAUCGGCCUUCCCCGAGUGUCUGCCGAUGCCUGCGAGAUGGGCAGCUGCCCAGUCCUUCCCUUCAUACAGUCACUCACAGGACACUGCGGGGUGAAGACCCAAGAGGUGCCUCUGGCCAGGCUGGCAGUGGGUGGUGGAUCACCGUGCUGCGUCCCCAUAAGGGUCAAAGGGGAGGCACGAAGGUUUGGUUUUGCAGCUCCGUGCCGGCCUGGCAACCUCUGCGCUCCUCGCUGUUGGUUUUAAUCGUUGGCUUUGGUCGGGAGGAGGGUGAGUUGUAAUUCCGACGGCCGAAUGACUCGUUACACACUGGUAUUGCAUGAGCAGACGCUGUGCGAGCUGCCCCCAAGCCCUGUCACACACCUCAGCACCUCUCCCAGGCCUCUCUCCUCCACACAACUGGUAAUCCACCUCAGCCGCGGGCCGCCCGCCGGCAGCUCCCCGCUCUGCCGCGGCCGCGCCGGCGGGGAGUCCCCGGCACGCGUCCCUCAUGAACCUCAGAGACGGUUUCCUCGCUCCCGGCACCCUACUUCAGAUGCCACUGACACUCACGUAGGCUCAGCCCACGGCCUCGCCGCCCGCCCCGGCCCCCAUGCACUGCACCUCAUCUCGAAUAAGCUCGCUGGGCUACGUGAGGGAACCGCGUCUCAUAUGCUGUAAUGUCCCGAAUGCUCUAGGAGGGCUGCGGAGUUUUCUGCCAGUCAUGGCAUCCUCAUAGACUCACCCAGCUGUUGGCAAAAAUGCAUUUCUACUUCCAGAAAACAAGAGGUUUUUGUGUCAAACCUCUUGAUACCCACACCCGAGCACAGCCCUGCUGAACUGUUGCAAGCGAUCUCUCACUCACCCACCCACCACACACACACACACGAAAUGAGAGAAAAAUAUCUAGAUGUCUAUUACUACAUAUGUAUUAAUAUGUUAAUAUCACUCUUUUGGAGAGCAUUAAAAUGUUAUUACUUUACAGACUAUGCUUUAUAGUACCUGUGUGAAAGGACCUAGGACACUGGAUACGAAUAGAGCUAUGUUGAUAUAUCAUAGUAUGUACACGAGAACCUUCCUUUUGUCAUAUUAUCCUUGUAAUGUAAAAUGAUUGUUAAUAAAAAAAGCAUUUAAAUUUA